AUGGCCACCUCCUCGGCGGCAUCACUUGAAGCAACGUCGACCUCCGACAGCAUCAAUGCCGCCUCGCGUCUCGCCACGCUACCUGAAGAGCUGCUCUCCAGCAUCGCUGUCAAGCUGGGCUGCGACGACAUCUGCCACUUGCGCCUGACCUGCAGGGACGUCGAGGCCAAGAGCCAGCAUGAAUUUGCCAUGGAAUACUUCUCUGCCAAGUGCUUCAUGUUCACCACCGAGAGCCUGAAGGUCCUCGUCAACAUCGCGCAUAGCCCCAAGCUGCGUCGAUAUCUGAAGCAAGUCUACUUCAUCACCGUCGUCUUCCCCGAGAGCCCGCUUCACUGCCGCUCGGGAUGCCAUUGGAGCCCGAGCAUUCGGAAUCGCGAGGCCUAUCGCUUCUACGUCGACGACAAGCAACGCCUGCAGGACCUUGGCCAGGACAGACGCUUCCUCGUGGAAGCCUUCAAGAAUCUCCCAGAGCUCACGACACUAUGCAUCGUGGACGCUCCAAGCUCGCUUCCGGAGAACGCCGAGUGUCGAGGCCUGAACAAAUUCAGGCGCACCACCACCAUGCGCCCUUUCUUCGCUCCGACCACCGAUGCGUUUGACUCUUUCGAGCCCGAGUACUGCAUCGCGCAGACACACGUAUUCAAAACCAUGCUAGCGGCGGUAGCGGAAUCCGGCAUAACAAGCGUUACUGCAUUGACGACGCGCCUCCGUCCGGAUAGCCCCUACCAUCUCUCGCCUAUAACGGACCUGAAGUUCAAGCAGAGCACUAUCGACAAACUCGCCGUGGCAUUCCGUCAGCUCAACGAAGUCAAACUUGGCUUCCGGACCCGUCUGCUUCGUCCUGGCAGGGGUGAAGACAAACCACAAGAUCUGGAGAGGUCACAGAAGAUUAUCAAGUCUUUCGCACCAGUCAUCCACUCUGCAACCAGCCUCUCCCUAACGUUUGACUCCAGCGAUUGGUCUGGUGCGAUGUUCCAAACACUCAGCAGUCAACUGGAUUUGGAGAGGCUCGCGAAGCUGGCUCUGAACGGCAUAGGCACUGACAUGACGUCCCUUGUCACCAUCAUUUGCAAGCUGCGAUCAGUGUCAUUCUUGACGUUAUACGGUGUCGCGUUGACGGGUCCGAACGACUCGUGGGUGCCAAUUCUGGAGGCCAUCAAGAGAUUGCCAGCCUUGCAGCACGUCCACCUCCACUACCUGCAAAUCUCCGGCCAGCGUGUGUACUUCCUUCAGCAACCAGAUUCCAACGACAACGAGAACAAUCUAUGGUACAGUGAUGGUCCUCUCCCUGAAAUGGAUCAUAGCAACGGGGAUGGUUGGUACGACGCAGAGGACUAUUCGGACGACGAGCCUCCAGAUCUGGUUCCGCAAGAGAAUGAGUUAGACGACUUGCCUGACCUGGUUUCUCCAGAGGAUGAAGGUCAGGGGGAGGACUCGCCGCAAAUUCGGAAGCCGUCUCCGCCAUUGCCAAAGCCAAAAGCUCCAGUCAACAAAUGCAAGCAUUUCACGGGCAAGGACUACAAAGCUCCCGGGAACGGAGCUGCGGCCCUUCCAGAGCGGGGCUAUUACAUAUGUCUCCCGAGUGUAGAAGACAUUCAAGAACAGUUGCCUAGAUUCAUGAAGGAGUACAACGUGGGAGGUAGCGUGCAGGAUCCGAUGGACUACAACGGCAUCCUCAACACCAUACUUGGAGGUCCAGUACCUGCGGGCGGCACUGUAAUGGGGGGAAAUGUCAUUACAUUGCCACCGAUCGCCGUGCCACCAAACUUCAUGCCACCGCCCUUCCCACAGAACGCGGGAGGGGCGCAAGGCGGCAAUGCUCCUGCGGGUGCAGCACCACAGCCCAAUGAUCCAGGCGCUGCCUUUUUGGCAUCUCUUCAGGGCAUUUUCGGGGCUGCUGUCAACGCGAGUUUUCCUCCUGCGCCGCCGGGAGCCCAGCCACCUGCUGGAGACCAACCUCAGGCUGCUGGUGGUGCGCCGAACGCACAGGCAGCGAGCCAGGAGCCACAGACAGCUGCACCACAGUCCACCGUUCCAGCUGACGGAGCGCCUGGUCAGCAUCACGAGUCAGACGAGUGGAUGUUUGAGGACCACGAGAACGACAGCGAGCAUGGAUGGUCAUGA